GCGGCGCGACGCCGCGGCAGGGGUACGGUCCAGGGGUCUGGCUGUCGUUGGGCGCAGCACAGCGGCGGCAACGGCGGCGGCGGCCGGGAAGAUGCCCGUGGCGGUGAUGGCGGAAAGUGCCUUUAGUUUCAAAAAGUUGCUGGAUCAGUGCGAGAACCAGGAGCUCGAGGCUCCCGGAGGGGUCGCCACGCCCCCGGUGUACAGCCAGCUUCUGGCUUUGUAUCUACUUCAUAAUGACAUGAAUAAUGCAAGAUACCUGUGGAAAAGAAUACCGUCUGCCAUAAAAUCUGCGAACUCGGAGCUCGGAGGAAUCUGGUCAGUGGGACAGAGGAUCUGGCAGAGGGAUUUCCCAGGCAUCUACACCACCAUCAGUGCACAUCAGUGGUCCGAGGCGGUACAGCCCAUCAUGGACGCGCUGAGAGAUGCCACGCGGAGCCGCGCCUUUGCCCUGGUCUCACAGGCCUACACAUCCAUCAUCGCCGAUGACUUCGCUGCCUUCGUAGGGAUGCCCGUGGAAGAGGCUGUGAAAGGAAUACUGGAGCAAGGAUGGCAGGCCGACUCCACUACCAGGAUGGUUAUGCCCAAGAAGCCCGCUUCAGGCGCCCUGGACAUGUCCUUCAGCAGGCUUAUCUCCUUGUCAGAGCCCUCCCCAGUCCCACCCAUCCCCAACGAGCAGCAGUUGGCCCGGCUGACCGACUACGUAGCUUUCCUGGAGAACUGACCCACCAGGCCAUCAACGACAGAGAUGUAAAGUUUAUUUUCACUGUACUGGACAGACAGACGGAGUCCUCCAUCCCCUGCGAGUCCAAGAUGAAACGCGUAUAUAAUAUAAAGUAUAUUAUAUAUAUUUUGUCCUCCACAUGAUGCUCACCAUUGUUGAAACUUCUCAUUUUGUACCCUGCACCCAGAUGUGGCCGGGCAUGUUCACAGCAAGCCCCUCCUGGGCCUGCAAGCAGGGUGCCUGUGCCCCAACACACUACCUGCCCCCCCAGCAGACCUGAGCGCUCCAUGCUCAGGUUAUGGGGCUCACCCAUACCAAGUUGCCGUAUGUUCGGGGCCCAGAACCUGUUGCCCGAGCAACCACUGCCCUUUAGAAGGUGGAGCCAGGGUAUGGGGUGCUGGUGCAGUGCCCCUGGACAUCCCGUGGUGCCAGCAGGAACGGUAGGCCUUGGGCAGUACCGAGCAGGCAUGUCCUGUGAGUCUGUCCUCAUCUCUGGCACUCUUGGCUGCGUCUCUUCAGCUCAGACCUGGUUCGUUCAUUCUGCAUUUGUUCAAUAAAUAUUUAAUUAAAUUCUUCA